AUGGCACAGAAACAAAACUCUGAGACUCCGGACCUUCUUUUAACAGCGAAGUUUCAGUGCCCUUUGACCUAUGUGGAUCGCCUUCUAGUAAAGGAUCAGCACGGUCAACAUCAGAGUUCAUCCACAAAUGACUUCCACAUGGUCAUGCUGGACUGCCUGACCAACUACAUUGUGGAGAUGGUAGGCAUUGAGGCCACCAACGGACAGCUGCAGAUCACCCAGCAAGAUACAACAGAUCACCCAGCAGCAAGCAACGAUGGAGAGCCCUGCCGCCGCCCUCAGGAUGCAGCCUUCAGUCUGUUUGACCAGAUGCCUGAAUCCAGGAAGAGGGGCUGA